AUACUAUAACGCCAUGGGUUUCCGUUUACCAAGAAUUGUUCAUGCUAGGAAAAGCCUUCAACGUUCUUCGUCAACAGGAAAUGGAGCAUCUCCGAAGGCGGUCGAUGUUCCAAAAGGGUACUUCACCGUUUAUGUUGGUGAGGUAGAAAAGCAGCGUUUUGUGAUCCCACUAUCUUACUUGAACCAACCUUCAUUUCAAGAUUUAUUGAGUCAAGUAGAAGAAGAAUUUGGAUAUGAACAUCCAAUGGGUGGCAUCACAAUUCCUUGCAGUGAAGACGCUUUCCUCAAUCUCACUCGAAGUUUGAAUGAGUCAUGAAGUAGAGAGAUUAACAUCUACUCUAGAUAGAUUGUACAUAAAAAGGAUCAGAAAUAGUACACAAUGUAAACUUUUUUGAAAUGAGAAAAGCUUGAUUCGUUGAAACUA